AUGUUCCUAGUGAUCUACAUGGCAACCGUGGCUGGGAACACACUCAUUACAGUGCUUGUUGUCACGGAUCAGCACCUUCAGACCCCCAUGUACUUUUUUCUGGGCAACUUGUCCUACUUGGAGAUCUGCUACAUCUCCACCAUCCUACCCAGGUUACUGACCAGUCUGCUGACUGGGGACAGAACCAUCUCAAUCGCUGGCUGCAUCACACAACUGUAUUUCUCUGCCUCUUUGGCAGCUACGGAAUGCUGUCUCCUAGCAGCAAUGUCCUAUGAUCGGUAUUUAGCGAUAUGUAAACCCCUCCACUAUUUAACCCUAAUGAAUAACAGGUUUUGCCUCCAGUUGGCUGCUGGGUCAUGGUUAAAUGGUAACUUGGCCACUACCAUCUUUUUAUUAUUCAUAUCACAGUUAAUAUUCUGUGGCCCAAAUGAAAUUGAUCAUUUCUAUUGUGAUCCCAUACUACUGAUAGAACUCUCCUGCAGUGACACACAACUGAGCAAAUUGGUGAAUCACAUAUUAGUCUGCAUAUUCACCCUGCCUCCAUUCCUACUAACCACAAUGUCCUACGUGUGUAUCAGCACCACCAUCCUAAGAAUCCCUUCCACUACCGGGAGACAAAAGGCCUUUUCCAUCUGCUCCUCUCACCUUACUGUGGUGACAAUUUUCUAUGGAACCAUAAUCAUUGUCUACAUGCUACCGAAACGUGAUACACUCAGAGAUCUGAAGAAAGUGCUCUCUCUUUGCUUCACGGUUCUAACUCCCCUGGUGAACCCCCUCAUCUACAGCCUGAGAAACAGAGAGGUCAAGGAAGCCUUGAGCAAAGCAGUCAGUAAAUGUGGCUUUCACAGAAACAUGCAGAGACUAUGA